UUACCAUAUCCUCGUGAAAUCCAUAUCCCUAUGAUUAUUUUGUAGUACUAACUUAUUUUCACUUUCUCCUAGAGAUCAGUCCAUGGAUGCUGAAUGGGUAGCUUUGCUUUUGAUACAGAAAUUCCAAGCUCUUCUUCUAGAUGGAGAAGAAACUAUUACCAAUCCCAGCUUGAGAAAUCAAGUACAGGAAGCAACCAACAAGCUCAUUUUACUUCACCAAUCUAUAAGAGUUUCAACAAAUGAAGAGCAGACAGAGAGGCUUCUACAUGCAUUUUACUCUGCCGAAGAUGCCGCUGAUACCUUCCUUGCAAGAACACUACUCUUGCAAAGGCAGAAACUGAGGGGUUACAAUGAGACUAUAUGUCAACCCUUUAGAGGCUUUAAAGACUUCUGGAUCCAAUUUUUGUUUACUGUUCAAAUCAAGAAAUUCAUGUCUCUGAUAGAACAUGCUGGUUGCAAUAACAACAUUUCUGGGUCAAGCUUACAAGAUGGAACUAUUCUGAAUCCAAGGCAUCAGGGAACAAGAAGAGCAAGUUCUUAUUUAGAAGUGGGUAAAGAUGUUGUUGGUCUUGGUGAUCAAGCGAAGGAGUUGGAAGAGCGCCUAAUUUGCACGAAUGAAAACAUUCAAGCUGCUACUCAUGAACUCAUUUCAGUGGCGGGCGAGAGAGGUUCAGGCAAGACAACUCUUGUCAGGAUGGUGUAUGAAAAGGUAAGGAUUAAAAAGCAUUUUAAGUACUGUAUCUGGGUUAAUGUUAGUAAUUAUGUGGUCAAAGGUAGAGAUGUUGUGCUUGACAUGCUGAAACAAGUUGAUGAGGUAUUAGCUGAAGCAGAAGAGUCCCUUUUUGAGCAAGAAUUGGUGUCUAGACUGGGUGAAGUUUUGAGGAAGGACAGGUAUCUUGUUGUUGUUGAUGAUGUUGGGGCACCUGGAGUGUGGGAAAGGUUACAAAAUGUGAUCCCAAACUCAGAAAAUGGUAGCAGGAUAGUUGUUACUACUCGCAAUAUGGAUGUAGCAGCAUUUGCUUCUACAACUCUACAGAUGGGCAGAUUGAGCAAUGAGGAGAGCUGGGAGCUGUUCUUAAAGAAGGUAUGUUCAGCUGAAGAUACUUUAAGUAAAAAUCUGGAUUUGAGUUUGAUCACAUUCAAGGAGAAAAUCUUGAAACUAUGUGAUGGUUUACCUUUGCCAAUUAGCUUGAUGGGAGGUAUCUUAUCUAAGGUGGAGUUGAGCAAUAGUGAAUGGUCAAGAGUGAUUGAGGAUGCAGAUAAUCUUCAUGGAGAUAUACUUGCUUUAAGCUAUAAAGAACUUCCAUAUCGAAUGAAGCCUUGUUUUCUUUACAUGGGGAUGUUCCCGAAAGGGUUUGAGGUUCCUGUGAGGAGAUUGUUUCAGCUAUGGAUUGCUGAGAGACUGGUGACACCCUCACGUUCAGGGGAAUUAGGCCCUGGAGAAGUGACAGAAGUGUUUUUGGAAGAACUAAUUUACAGGAACAUGAUUGAAGUUGCAAGAUGGAGGUCUGAUGGUAUCCCCAAAACAUGUAGAAUGCCAGGUGCCAUAUAUGAUAUUUUCUCUCCAAAAGCAGCAGCAGAAAUAGGAUUGUUUUACAUCCAUUGCAAGUCACAUUAUUCAUCUGGAGACCAACCAUCAUUCCCGGUCAGGCGACUUGCAUCAUACUUGAGCAUCAAGAACUACCCUUCCUUGGAUUGGUACACUCGAAGUCUCCGGUCUUACAUUUCCUUCAGCACACAUAAAGGGGGUAUACCUGCUCGAGAAAUAGGUAAGUUUCUGAACAAGAUAAUCCUAAGAAGAGACGUAGGAUGGUUGACUGUACUUGACCUUGAAGGUGUAUACAAACCUAGGCUGCCUAAAUCAUUUCAAAAACUGCUGAACCUGAAGCAUCUAGGUUUAAGAUCAACAGCUUUAGAGUCACUCCCAGAGUCAGUUUGUGAUCUGCCAUGCUUGGAAACUUUAGAUGUGAAGCACACUAUGAUAACCUCAUUGCCUGGUUCCAUUUGGACUGCGAAAAACUUGCAACAUCUUUAUAUGGAUUGGAUUCAUUUUGAUGAUAUUUCCAUUCAAGUAUCAUCUGAUUCAGAGCCUUUAUCCAAGCUCCAGACCUUAUGGGGGCUGUCUAUAAGUCAACACAGCCCCAUUUUAAAUUCAUUAUUCAAGAUAACAUGUCUUAGAAAGUUGGCCUUGAGAUUCAGUUCAACAUCACAAGAGCCAAUAAAUAACUGGAUUUCACAACUCACCACCCUUCAAUCUCUACGGUUGAGAUCAAUUAAAAACACCGGCGAGCGUGGAUCCAUCAAAUUGAGUGCCUUGUCAGACCAUCAAAAACUCCUGGACUUGUAUUUGCUUGGAGUGUUACCAAGGCCAAUUAACAUCAAACUACUUCCUCCAAACCUUAAAAUCCUCACUUUAUCAAUGUCACAACUUAGAAAAGACCCGAUGCGGACGCUAGGACAGCUACCUUACCUCAACAUCCUUAGGCUUCUUGCUGAUUCCUACAUGGGGGAAGAACUUGCAUGUUACCAAGGAGGAUUUCCUCAACUCCAUGUCCUGAAACUCUGGAAGCUGGUGGAGCUAAGGGAGUUGAUUGUGAAGGAAGGAGCCAUGCCUUGCCUUAAACAAGUAGAGAUUAGAGCCUGCAAAAGACUAGAGAAGCUUGAGGGAUUAAGCAAACUGACCACAUUGAAGGAAUUAAUACUGACGAACAUGCCAUCACAGUUUGCAAAAGAAGUUAAAGAAAACAUGGGCACAGAUGUGUUUGUCAAAGAAAAUGAAUGGAAAUCUUAUCCUUUGCUGGCCUAAAGGUACUCUUGCAAGCAACAUACAGUCUCAGAGGCAAGAUGUUUUGUUUUGUGUUUGCAAUUGGAAAUAGCCUUCUUGUUAUAACUAUUUGUUACAUCUUUACAUCAAUUUGAACUCUCUGUUGCUAUGAAUGGCAGAUGAUGAAAAGUAUGGCAUUAUUUCUUUCUA